AUGUCCACCCUAUCCUCCAGUAUGGCGCCGGAUAACUCGUCCACCCCCGUCAUCUUUCACGACCCGUGCUACUCGGAUCCCUACCUCUCCGCUCCCUUGGACCCCGAGCAGGAUUCCUUUGGCUCCUCCGCUAUUCGACUGACCCCCAACCCGGAUGAUCGUCCUUCGUCGCGCAAUCCCUCCCCGCCCCCUUUGAAUCUCGACACCUCCCCCUCCAAUCACGAUGGCCACACCCCCUCCUACUCCGACUUUUUGAGUCCCUCCGACCUCUCCAGCGAUUUCAGCAACCACACGCCCCCCAGUACCGACCAUCUCUCCCCCCACAUGUCGGUCGGCAUGGCCUCCCCGCCCAUGACCAUGGAUCCGCUCCAGCUCCUCUCCCCCAAUCUGUCCCACAAUCACACCCCCUCACCCGACCGGGCCCCGGUCAAGGGUCCGACCGGUGCUCCCGCCUUGCACUUCCCCCACCCCCUCUCCAUGGCCCCCAGCCCCGCCAGCGACGGUCGCAGCGCGCACGAUCCCCUCGCCGAUGUCCGCGGCCGCAGUCCCAUCGUCAAGGUCGAAAGUUAUUCGCGCGGGGACUCGCCCGUCCGCGGCGACCGCCGACCCAGCCAGUCCUUCACCCACCUGUCCCCCCACGGUGGGUCCGCCGAGCUUGACGAGGACGAGGACGACAACGAAGAUCACCACCACCACCACCACCCCCACCCUCAUAACGACCGCCCCGCCCCCGGCGUGCGCUCGGUCUUCCGCGGACACGAUGGCGCCUGGAUCCCCAAUGACACCACCGGACAAGCCGGUGUGGACCCCACCUGCCGUACCGACGACGCCGUCCUCAGCCCGAGUCAAAUGGAGAUGCAGCGCCAGCUGGAGCAAAAGAAUGCCGACAUCCAAAUGUGGUCCGAAUCCGUCAGCGAGGCCGGCGACGACCGGCCGCCCCUCGGCCGCGGCCGCCGUCGCCACUCGGGCGUCCGACCCCGGGCCAAAAGCACGGGCGAUCGGACCCUACAGCAGGAUUACUUCCAGCGGCACCCGCCUUAUCAGGGCACGGCGGUCCCGGGGCCGGGGCUGCUGGUGCACGAGUCGGAGGGGGAAGAGGAGGACAGUGAUGACGACGACUACUCGGAGUCGGAGAGCGGCAGCGCCGGGGUCGGCUCGCCGCCGGUGGCCGUCGACGAGGCCCGGUGGACCCAGGAACCCGAAUCCAUGGGGCCGGACGAGGCCGACGACGACGAGCCUUCGCCCCACCAAUUCUUGGGGUCUACCCCGUGGAAGGAUCCUGCGCACGACGCAACCCCCCGCGCCACGCGGGUCCAGCCGCCCACCUCCACCGCUGCCAUGGUCGAGUGGGAGCGCCGCGCCCGGGAGACCGACACUGCCUCGCGCGCAGCGACGUGGGGCACAAAACGGAUCAGCCAGUACGAUGCGGCCAGUGUCAUCGGGGCCGGGGCCUCCCUGGAGGGGCUGACGAUCAGCAAUGACCGGGAUGGCAAACCCAGAGGACACAUUCGGCGCAACAGCCUGCUGAAGUUCCUGCAGAAACGGCCCAGCGCCAGCCACCGGAACCUGUCCCUGAAGCGGCCCCUCUCCGACGUCUCCCUCGCGCGGACCAGCACCGACGCGACCGUUCGGCCCGAGGAGCCCCGGGGAACCCCGCCGCGCAAGGACAGCUUCCCCCACCGGUUGAGUAUCAGUCGGUCGUCGCGAUCGCCCAGUUUAAGCACCGGCGGGGCCGUCAUGGCCAUCGCCGGCCAGAUGGCCGCCAUCGGCGGCAAGGAUACCCUCAAGGCCGUCUCCCCCAACUCCCCGCCCCCCGGCCCGUGGUCAUCGAUCCGCGCCCGUACGCGGAGCCACAGCGAGCUGCCCUCGGCCCCCGGUCUGAUGGAUCUGAUGACCAGCCAUGACGAGGACGAGGAGAUGACGGAUGACAAGGGACUGGUGAUGGAAUUGACCCCCCAGCCCCGCCUCCCGGUGCCGACCCUGGAGGGAUUCCGCGCGCAGAUCACCCACCUAAACCCCCGGCUCCCGCCGGUCUUGAUCGAGCGAUUCGCCACGGAGCAGGUCCGCCGGUACCGGAAGCUGGUCGAGAGCAAAGCCACCCACGCUCAGGCGGUUCGCCAAACGCGGUGCGCCGCGGGUCGCCACUGCUUCGCCCUCGGUGGUGGGGCCACCCUGCUGGCGCCGCGGGCGGGAGCCUCCGAGGCCCCCGACGCCGCGCACACGCAGUUCCAGAUCCCCGGCCACGGCGGCGAGCCCGUGGAAGACCCUCAGAUGAUGGGGGAGGGCGCCGUGACGGCGGCGCAGUUCCCCCUCGGCGUGCCCCUGCCGCCCGUGCCGCGGCUGCCGGCCGAGUUCGAGUGCCCGGUCUGCUUCAGCGUGAAGAAGUUCCAGAAACCGUCCGACUGGACGAAACACGUCCACGAGGACGUCCAACCUUUCACGUGCACCUUCCCGCACUGCACCGAGCCCAAAUCCUUCAAGCGCAAGGCGGACUGGGUCCGUCACGAGAGCGAGCGGCACCGCCAGUUGGAGUGGUGGACGUGCGAGGUGCCGGACUGCCAGCACACUUGCUACCGGAAGGACAACUUUGUGCAGCACCUGGUCCGCGAGCACAAGAUGCCCGAGCCCAAGGUCAAGAAGACCAAGGGGCGGAAGGGAGCGGCGGCGGCGGCAUCGCCCGCAGACGGACCGCGCGGGGGGGAGAUCGAGCAGCUCUGGAACCUGGUCGAGCGGUGCCGGCACGACACGCCGCAGCGGCCCAUGGACGAGCCGUGCCGGUUCUGCGGCAACGUUUGCAGCAGCUGGAAGAAGCUGACCGUGCAUCUGGCGAAGCACAUGGAGCAGAUCGCCAUGCCGGUGCUGCGGUUGGUGGACGAGCGCGACCUGUCCGGGGCGGGGCCGGUGGGGCAGCCCCACGACCGGUUCGCGCCGGCACUAGUCGGGGUCCCGACCACCACUCCCACUACCACUACGACCACCCCGACUGCCACGACUACGACCACCCCACUCGCGCCAUACCACCCCGACCCCCUGCCCAACCACGGCCCCGACAACGGCCACGGGGGCGGGCCACACGCGGGAGGAUCGGCGGCAGGGAUGAUGUCCCUGCAUCCCACGUACGUGGUUCCCCACCUGGCGACCCCGUCCGGCAGCCUGUUCUCCGCCGAACCGGGCACGAUGGACGCGUACGACGGGGUCGGGAGCGGCGGCCCCUUUGACGGUUCGGGGCCGCUGUCAGGGACAACGAUGCUGGAAUCGCCCGGGGGGUACGUCGCGUCCGCGCCGGGGGCGUCGGCGUCAUACCCGCCGCCGUUCAACGCGGGACCACGACCGCGGGCGUCACAGUCCGAGCUGGGGGUGUUACCCGAGACGUCGGAAUACACGACGCCUCCGUCCGACCUGCCGGGGGUGUGUGACCCACGUGCCGGUGCGACGUAUGUCUCGGAGCACGACCCGUCGCAUUAUGCUUAUCCGGGAGGACUGGCAGGGAUGGCAGGGGGGAUGACGUAUCCCCCAGCUACGGGGUAUUAA